ACUUCCGUUUUUUUUUUGGAAGGUCGAUUCAAUUAUUUCCGGUUCAUCGCAAGGUUCGCAAGGGCAUGGAAACGGAGGAAAAACACGAUGUAACUCAGUAUUUGACUGUUUUACGUCGUGCAAAAUCUGAUAAUGAAAAGUUUGCAGCACUUCUUAUGGUGGCAAAGACAUCAAAAGAUAAAUCAUUGGAUGUAGAUAUAAAACGAGAAAUCCUUGAUGCUGUAGGAGUGAAAUUCUUCUCAAGGCUUCUUAAGACAAACAAAGUACCAGAGGACUGUCCUGUAAAUAUAUACAAGAAUGUUGCCAUGUCAGUAUUGUCUGCAUUAUGUAUGGAGCCUGAAGUUGCAAGUAGUCCAGUUCUGACAGAAAAUGUGACAAGUUUCAACAACAUUGUUCUCCUAAACUCAGAGGAAGCUGAAGACAAGCAGCUGAUAGAUGACACAUAUGAUUGUUUCAACAGUUUAUGUCAGUCAGAGCAGGGUCUUAAAUGUCUUCUCCGUGCAAAAUCUGUGUCGACAUUCUGCCAAGCUGUUAUCUCACAGAACUAUGGUUUUGAGAAGGCCCAUGAGUUGAUAUGUUGCAUGGUGUCAUGUUACGGACCAGAUACGUGGAACGGGUACGAGUCAUCAUAUCAUGCUUAUGUCAACUUCCUCGGACGACAGUUCCUCGAGGAUGAGACAUUACACAAGUUUGAGAUGUGUAAAACUUUGGUAUUUCUCCUGUCAGCAGCCCCAAAUGAUAAGGAAGAGACAAUGGAGCCACCUUGGAUACGUCCAAUAGUGAGAGGACUGGAUAAUAUACUGAGGAGUAAAAUCAGUCCAGCACAGAGGGAACCAGCAUUAAAGCUUGCAUCUAUGAUGGUACAAGUGUGUGGUAUAUAUUCAAUUCAACCACCGUACACAUAUGAUUUUAAACUGUUCCUGUUAACUACACAUCUAUGCUGUGUAGAGGUCAGGAUGGUUCUAGAAGAUCCAGAUCUCACGUUGGCUUCAGAUAAAGGGAGGUUACUAUCAUCAUGUUAUACAUUCAUGGAAAAUGUGAUAAAUCAUUUAACAUCUGGGGCAACAAUUGACAUAGAUGAUCGUCAGGUGAUGCAGCUACACUGUGCAAUGGUUGGAGCAUUUGGUGCUGUGAUAAACUUUCUUAAACGUGUCUCCUUGGAUACAGAUGUUCAGUGGAAUAGCAUUAUUCUGGCUACAGUGAGGGUCCUCGGAGCAUGGAUGGCGGAGGAGACUUCGGCACUGAGGGAAGAAAUCUAUGAACUUAUACCUUUCUUAGUACAAAUCAGUAAAAUGUGUAUACCCCCAGAUAAGUUGAGGAAUAAAGCUAUAGAACAAGGACAUAGUAAAGACAAUGAAAAAGGAAACAAAACUGCAACAGAAAAUGAAUCAAAAUCCAUAAAUGAUCUAGAUAAUAAUGAAAAUAUCAAAGACAGUGUUGAACCAGUGGUAGUAGAAAGUGAUAAAGAUUUGAGUGCAAAGAUGAAUGGUGUGUCUGUGAUGGAUAAAGAUAAUGAUAGUGAAUCUAUAGAAAAGAUUGGGGAAGGUACUGAUCAUGUUCAGGGAUCAAAGACAGACAAGUCAGUGUCAGAACAGUCGGGGGAUCAGGUUAAUAAUGGGGGAGAUUCUGAAACUGCAAAUGUAAAAAGUGUUGAUUGUAGUAAUGGUUUAGAUAAUGAGAAGGUAGAAAAUAAUAGUAAAGAUUUGGUUGAGGAGGAUGAUGUUAGUAUGGGAGAAAAAGCUAAGAGAUUAAGUGAUUCCAGGCUUGAGAAGGAAGUUUUGAAUGCUGCUGAGCUGCAAGAACUGCAUGAAAAGGCAGAUAUAUUACAUUUUCUGUUACCAGCUUUAUGUCAUUUGACAGCAGAAGAGGACCCGAGACAUAUACUGUUACAAUGUGGAGGUCUAGGUGUCCUGGAUCUAUACAUGUGGCGGCAGUGGGAGAGACUUGUAGAUCAAGAAAAUCUUAGGGAAACUCUGUCGAGCCUGGUAAUAUUGUGUAAUAUAUUCCUGAACCUUAUCAUUGUUGAGCCAGCCCUCGUACCAGAAAACCAGGAAUUUUGUCAUAUUCUUUUACUUGUGUGUAAAGGAAUAAAUUUAGCUGAGCGAGAUCCGGACUAUAUUGUAUUAUGGUCUCACAUGGUAACAUUGGGGCUGAUGCUCAUCCGAGCCUUACACUUGAAUAUUGACGAUUUCCUUGAAAAGGACAGUGUUGUCAAGUUUUUCGAGUCAUCUAUCAGGUUUCUGAAAGGAGCCUAUACACCUAAAUCCAGGAAGAGACAGGCUACCCUUGAUAUUGUAGAUACAUACAAAAUGGCAUGGGAACAAAUUUCACAGACUUGGUUUCUUAGCAUGCAAGCAUUUGCAUACUGUAUAUCAACAUAUGAAGAUUUACCGACCAUUGUCUUAAAAAGUGGCUGGUUACCAGGUCUCCUUAAAAUACUCACUGAUGUGAAAGCAAAUUCUGUUGCCGAGGAAACACGCAGCUGUUUCCUGUUGUUGUUGACUGCUAUUGCUAAGGUAGAUAAAUCAGCAAAGUCUGUGAUACGAGAGAAAGGAGGGCUAGAUUUAGCUAGAUCUUUCAAGUCAUCUGAGUUACAAGAAAUCCUUCAGGCAUCAUAAAUUGUCCUCAUGAUGAUGAUUACUAACCAUGGAGACCAGGAGAAUUCCAGGAAGUCAAUUGUUGCCAUGGAAACUGUGGAUUUAGAACAAGACAUUCUUGUCUUUCAUUUUAAUCACAGUCACUGAAUUCUAUAUCAGCUGUUCCUGCAAUGUUUGACUUCUACGAAGGACUUUUAGAACCAUGAAAAUUAGCAGUUACCAUGGAAACCAAGCAUUCAACCAUUAUUUUACCAUUUGAUGAUCACUUAAUAAAUAGUGUGUUCAGACAUUUACUAAAAAGAAAAACCAGAAUGUAUAUGUUUGUCUUGAAUAAAAUAUUCAAACCUUUAAAUUGCUUGAGACUGGCACUGACAGGGACUUAUCAGUAUCAUCAUUUUAGAGUCAGGCUAGCCUGCAUAUCUGUAUAAUUUAUUUUGAGUCUUGAGCCUAAUUCCUUAUUCUUUUGGCAAAUUAACAAGCCUUUUCAAUAGAUGAACAAAACAGGGUCAAAUCUUUGAAAAAAAAUAGGAUAAUGGUUUUUAUAUGAAUUUUUGUUGUUGUUUAGAAAUAUGAGGACAUGUUGCUCAAAAGUUCUCCUUGGCUCAGGUGUUAGGCUAAGACAGGUAAGUUUGGAGAUCAGAAUGUAAACUUGAUACACUAAUUUGGUUUUAACAUAUGGAAAUUCUUAUCUCCCAUACUUCAAUCUAAAUAAUAAUGGCUACAGCAGCUCUGAAAUUUAAUCAGAAAAGCUUUUAUUUUAACAUUGUUAAGAAUAUCUACAAAAAUCAUUCUUAGAUUUUGUUUCAUCUUCAAUUAAAAUUUGAUAUUUCAUACAAUUUUGGCUGGCUAUGGCUGGAGAGAACUGUUUGAAUAAAGACAUGUAUUGUUUUGCCAUUUAAAAAAAGAACAGCUAUUUGAUUGGUUGAUUUGAACAUGAUGAUAUUUGAAUAUUGACCAAUGGCAUUGUUCCUUUUAUAGACUGGUCUUCAAUCUUUCAUUUGUUGGUUUAAACCAGUCAUUGUUAAUAUUUUAGAGGUAUUGAUAUGUUUAUUUUUGCACUGAUAUCUAAAUAUGAAUAUUUAUAUUAUAACUUUUUAUGUGCUUUUAACUAAUUGAAGUUUAUGACUUUAGAAUUUGUUUUUCUUUUUUUUUGGUUGUUGUGAAGAUUUGAAAUAUUAAAGCUUUAAAAGUAA